AUGACCCGGCAAGUGGAGGGAUUUCUUGUACGCUCAACUCCCCUCCUCUCCUCAUUUUUCAUCACGUCCACCACGUCCAUCAGUGAGAGGCUACAGGCAUUGACAUUGACGCUGACAUCCAUCGAUAUCGGAUUCAAUACCGACACUGACAUCGACAUCGGAUUCUACACCACCACCAUGGCAAUUAAAGAAACCCCCAAAUCAAAACGUGCUCCUUGCUUCUUUGUGUCUCAUGGAGCGGGACCUCUGGCGAUUUUGCGCGUGCCCCAUCAACAGCCCCUGAUUGACCUCUGCAAGGAGACGGCUUGGGUGCUGGACGGCUGCAAAGGGGUGAUUGUGGUGACGGCACACUGGGAGGCGGAAAAGACAUACAUCUCAUCGGCGGCCAAGCCACCUAUCUACUGCGACUACUUCCCCGUUCCGGGCGAGCCACUGCCCAAGGAAGCGUGGGAGAUCGUCUACGACGCCCCCGGCGACCCAGAGCUGGCACGUCGCAUCAAGGAGAGUGCGGAGAAGCAGGGCCUGGAGGCCGAGUUGGACGAGGAACGCGGCUGGGACCACGGCGUCUGGACACCACUGAUGCUGACCCGACCGCAGGCCGACCUCCCCGUGAUUCAAGUCUCGAUCCCACGCGGCGAUCCUGAGACGGUGAUUUCCAAAUCCUUCGCCCUGGGCAAGGCGCUCGAGCCCUUCCGCGACGAAGGCUGGGCCAUCCUCGGCAGCGGCCACACCUACCACAACUUCCCGGCCAUCAUCGAGCCCAUCAUGAACGUCAAGGGAGCCAAGCUGCCGCCGAACAAUCGAGCCUUCGAGUCUAAGCUGGAGGAGGUGGCCACGCAGCAGGACCUCAACAAGCGACUCGACGGCCUGAGCAAGUGGCGGUCGUUUCCUGACUCUGAGGCCGUGCAGCCCAUUGGAAAUGACGAACACUUCACCCCGUUUCUGGUCACUGCCGCGGCUGGUGGUUACGAUCCGGGCAGGAAGUUGGGAGAGUGGGAGAUGUUCAAUACCAUCAGCUCCUCGUACAUCUGGGUUUGA